CGUCGAUUAAACUUGACUAAUUUACUAAUGACGUUGAAGGAGCGAUUUAUCUUUUAGCACCAGUAAUCUUACAUAAAAAUUGAGAGUGCAGAAUAUCAUUUAGCAGCUCAACAAGAUCAAGGGUCAAUCAAAAGCAGGCACAUUUUUCAAUUUCUUUACUUCAAUUAUCUCAAUUUCUUAGUAUUUCCUUGAUUUUAUUUGUUGUUCAAAUUUAUCUGCAUAUUUUGUGAGUUGGGUAAUGUUUUGCACGUAAAUUUAGUAUGUGAAUUGCAAUUUUUCUGUUUAAUUUUUGCUUGAAAUUUGAAGGAUUAUCCUGAAUAUUUAUAAGCAAAUGUAUUCACCCCAGGAGAAAUUUAAGUACUUGAUUAGUUUAUUGUAGUUAGAAGUAAUAUAAUUAUAUACAGAUUACUGAUUGUCUAUUUUAAUACUCCGUAGCUGACCAUCUGGUCGUGAGGGUUAUUCUUAUACUCUCUCGAGAUGUAGUUGUCGCAUUGUUCCAACCCCUAGUAAUUAAGAAUAUAGCAUGAUUUUGCACCAAAAACCCAAUAUAAUACAUUUAUACCAGCAGUUGUCAUUUCUAUUUACCCCCAAUUACUUAAUCUUAGUAUUGGCAUUACUGAGUACUGACAUAUUGAAAUAGUAUGAAUGGCGAAUAAUUUUGGACGAAGGGGUUGAAUAUUGAAUAAACUCGAGCAAAAGCAACCCUUUUUCUUUAUUUGAAUCAUUUCUAUUGAUGAAAGAGUUAGGCUAUACACAAACUGGUUGUAUCACUAUAAUAUACUACGUAUGAUUGAUAGAGUUUCUCUUUGAAGAUGCAGCCUUUUUAGUUUAUACUUUAGGAAUCUUUAUGGGAAAUGAUGUUGAUUACGUGUUGCAACACUGCGUUCAAUAUGAGAAAAUCUAACACUUUCUUUGUCCAAGUAGUAUUCAAUAUUUUUGUCAAAUUAUAGCUAUUUUGAAUGCUUAAUGAGGGCAUCAUUUGAAUACUAUAAUAGGUUUGCUGAAGUUUGAAAAAAAAAAGAGUGCUUAUUUAUGUAAGCAAUGAUGCUACCGAGAACCAAAUGAUGUAGGUUAGUAAUAGGCUAUUACUGUAAUACUUUUGUGAUUAUUAUGUAGGUUAGAUAACACCCUCAAAUUGUAAUUCUUUGAGUUGAUUUCUAUUUCUCUCUCUCUCUCUCAUUGUGUAUUUUUCAUUUGCACAUACCUUUCAUUGUGACUAUUUGGAUGUUAAUAUCUUGCCAAUGCAUAAUACGACACAAUUAAUCUGUUAGCUCAUAAAACUACAAACUGUUAAUUACACUGCUGCAUGCCAAUUGUUUAAUUAUAAAUUCAAUGUACAAAGUACUAAAUAUGUCAAGACCGGGUAACUCCCCUCGGGGUAUGAUGGAAUGGCCUUUUUAUUCAUCAUCAGUCCGGAUCCUGAAUUUAUUAUUAAUUAAGUCAGAAAUUUAAUUCAUUCGACUUAGGAAGCUGAAAUUAAGUCUCUUGUACAGCUGUACUCGUAUCAUAUUAUAUUCAAUAAUUUCUGUUAUUAAGUUGAUUCGAAAUCUGAUACAUUUAGAUUGUUCUAUGUCAGUCUAAUGCUAUGCAAAUUAAGUGAUGGUCAUGUUGCGUGUAAUUCUUAGUACAUGCAUCCAUCAUCCCAUCUAGUGUCCCAUAUGAGUUAAUUUUUUUUUGGCAGAUCUGAUUUUUGUUAGACACUGAUACACUUGUUAUGAUAUUUAUUAUAUUUUCUGCAAGUGUAUAAAAUAAUUCAUACCAUUUAAAUGAAUAGAUAAAUCCUUCUCCUAUUUUCCAUUGUCUUCUUUGCUUCUUUGAUUCCAUUCCAGUACUAUGCUAUGUCUCAAUUCUUUGAUGAUGAAAUUGAGCCCCAACAUUCUGAACUGGCAGAGCUUGGUAAAAGCUCAAGAUUGUCGUUCCAGAGUCACAAGUCCAGUUUCAGAAGAAAUACAUCUUUGGAUUCUUCAAAAGAUGUCCUUGAUGAGGAGUUCAUUCAGGAAUGGGCUAAAUUCGAGAGGUUACCAUCCUAUCAAAGAUCAAGGAUGUUAUUGUUUGAUAAAUAUGAUGGUGGAAGCACAAUUAAUGCCAAUGGAAAACGGAUGAUUGAUGUCUCCAUGCUUGGACCUCUAGACCGCCAUCAAUUCAUUGAGAAGCUCAUCAAGCAGAUUGAACAAGAUAACCUUCGGUUGUUGCAGAAACUUAGGAAAAGAAUGGAAAAAGUUGGCUUACGAUUUCCUACUGUCAAGAUAAAGUAUAAAAACCUUUUUGUGGACGCAAGGUGUAAGGUUGUGGAUGGCAAGCCCCUUCCUACUCUGUGGAACACUUUUAAAAGUAGUCUUUCUGUCUUCUCCAAGCUAUUGAGGUCUCAAUUGCAAGAAGCAAAGCUUACCAUUAUUAAGGAUGUCAGUGGCAUAAUCAAACCUGGGAGGGAUUUAAGGUAGGCAAGUUGGAAGGUUUGCUGGCUUAUAUAAGCAGAAGUUUUUUGAGUAAGGGAGAUAUUGAAUACAAUGGGCACAGAUUUGAAGAAUUUAUU